AUGUCCUGGCUCCCCAAAAAAAGGAGAAAGGGGGAGCCCCCAUUGAUAAAAGGAUGGAUCCCGUUUCUUGGGAAGGCUUUGGAAUUCAGGAAAGAUUCUUAUCAGUUUCUGCAAUGGCUACAGCAGAAGCAUGGAGAUAUUUUUACUGUAUUGAUUGCAGGUAAAUACAUGACAUUUGUGAUGAACCCUCUACUAUACCCUGCCGUGAUUAAGCAGGGAAAGCAACUGAACUUCCACAAGUUUGCAGAUGUGGCAGCAUCUACUGUGUUCAGCUACCCACUGAUGUGCACUGAAAGGUUUCCCGGCAUGAGUGAUCAAGUACAAAAAUGCUUCUUGCUUCUGCAGGGCUCUGCCCUUGACCUUCUAACAUUCAGAAUGAUGGGAAACCUACAGCUCAUCUUACGACGUUAUUUCCUUUCCAAGCAGGGAGAGGAGUUAGAGUAUGAUUGGCACAAAGUGGGGCUGUAUGAGUUCUGUGACUGUGUGAUGUUUGAGGCAACAUUUCUGACACUAUAUGGACAACCCCCAGACACGAACACAGAUGAACACACACACUCGGGCAAGGAGAGCUGGACAGAUGGACUGCGUGACAAUUUCAAGAAGUUUGACAGAAUGUUUCCUCUGCUGCUUGCCCGCGUACCCAUUAGCUUGCUAGGGAAAACUAAAUGUACCAGGGAGAAGCUUAUCAGGUUUUUUCAUCCCUGUAGAAUGGCAGAUUGGACCAGUCCAUCAGAGUUCAUACAAACAUGUACUGAACUGUUCCAACAGUAUGACACACUCAAAGACCUGGACAAAGCAGCUCAUCAUUUUGCCACGCUCUGGGCAUCAGUGGGGAACACUAUUCCAGCAUCCUUCUGGUGUUUGUACCACCUUCUAUCCAACCCUCAGGCCCUUGCUUCUGUGCGGGAGGAGAUCAUUGGUGUGAUUGGAGAGGAAGAGGCAGAGGCUAUUUGCCGUCAUGACAUGUUGCUAACCAGAGAGCAACUCGACAGAAUGAUUUACCUUGAGAGUGCUGUUAAGGAGAGUCUCCGCCUCUCCUCUGCCUCAAUGAAUAUCCGGGUGGUUCAGGAGGAUUUUUCUCUGCAUCUGAAUCCCCACUUUUCAGUGUGUGUACGCAAAGGAGAUAUUGUUGCACUUUACCCCCCGAGCACACACCAGGACCCAAACAUUUACCUGCACCCUCAGAAGUACAUGUUUGACCGGUUUGUGGAAGACCAGAAGGAGAAGACAGAGUUCUAUAAAGGUGACCAGAAAGUCCGGUACUACCACAUGCCAUUUGGGUCAGGGGUCAGCAUGUGUCCUGGCAGAUUCUUUGCCAUUAAUGGAUUAAAGCAGUUUGUCUGCAUCACUCUACUGAUGUGUGACAUGCAGCUUGCUGCUGGCCAAAAAGAGGCAGUGCUGGACACCUGCAGAGCAGGCCUGGGCAUCCUCCCACCUGCAAACUACAUCUCAUUCAACUACAGACUCAAAGGACACUUCAGAGAUGAGUGA